CUUAUUUCUGAUUGCAGAGUGAUGACAUUGCAUGUAUAUGCAUGUAUGUGGUGGGGGAGCCAGUUUCCCAGCCUGGUUUUACGUGGUUAUUCGUUAGAUGUGUUUGACCGGAUCCUGAGUGAAGAGGCUUUGUAAUCCUGAACGUGAGCUUGACGCUCUGUGUUACUUGUAGAGACUGAUGCAACACUUACAGAACGAUAUCUUUGAGAUGUUUCAUUUGGACCAAAGGUAGAAGAGCCAAGAGCAGUUAGGACAACGGAGGAGUCCCUGUCAGCAGUCCAUUUGGAGUUUGCAGCUCCUCUGGCAGGAUGGAUACGCUGAAGAACCGGACGGUGGAGGAGCUCCAGGAGCUGCAAGACAAUGCUGAGGAGAUUGAGCGCCUGGCUUUGGAGUCGAGGGAGGUUCAGGAGCUGCAGCUGGAAAGGGAGAUGGCUCUUGCCGCUAACCGGAGCUUGGCCGAGCAGAACCUGAAGUUCCAGGUACCACUGGAAACUGGGCGCACUGACCUCUCCAACAAAUAUGAGGAGCUGCAGAAGCUAGCUGAGCGGUGUAAAGAGCAAAAGGCAAAACUGGAGAAAUUUUCAGCAGCGUUGCAUCCUCAGACCUUGUUGGAUCUUCUGCAGGUGGAAAGUCAGAAAAUUGAAGAAGAGUCUGAGAAUAUGGCUGAGAAGUUCCUGGAGGGUGAGGUACCCCUGGAGACAUUUCUCGAGCAGUUUUCCGUUAUGAGGAAGCUACUCUUGGUCUCCGUCCAGAGGCCCACCUCCUGCCCCAUCCUUUCCUGGCUCACACCCUUCCUCUACUCCACCCCCGAGACCGGGGUACCCUCCAUACUUCCCUCCUGGGGCAGGGAGGCCUCAGUGCCCGUACCCAACCCAGCCCCCCCUCCCUAGUUUCCCAGUCCCCCCACAGCCUCCCUAUCCCUCUGGUCUACCCCCUCCCUUUGUGUACCCCCCGCCUCCAAACCCUCAGCGCCCUGCUUGGCCUGGCUACUAAAUCAAGACUCCUGGGGAGUAUGCUCUGCUGCUCCCUCCUUUUCGUGGACUGAGGAAGAAGAAAGAGCCGAGAGCAUUGCUCUUAGGCCCGUCCAUGUGUUAGUAUUAUAUAGGAAAAGAGGCAUGGCUCUGAUGUGAGGCAGACAGCAGAGGCACCAGGGGUCAGUGAGGCUGAUGCUAUCUCCAUGGGCUGCACCUUUUUAGGUUGGUUGUGAUGAUUGCUUGUUGGCUGAAGUGGCCACUUACAAGUCAGUUAGUCCCGUCUCUGAGAUAAAAUACAAGUAGUCAGCUAGAUUCUCAACUGAGAUACAUGGGAAUGACAUGCACUGAUCACAUCAGCUGAGAACCUGACUCCUCUGUGUGUGUCUGCAUGGGUGAGCGAGAGAGACUCUUCUUUGUAUGCGUGUAGUUUUCUCUCUCUCUCUAACAUAUGUAGUAUAAUAAUUCUAAGCUUUUUCACAGGUGUUCAAAAGACACAGUGGGAAUCUUCUGACAGUAUUUCUAAUACUAAAUGCUCAUUGCUUCCCUAGGGCCUUCUUGGAAAUGAGAAACAGAGCCAGCCAGACUGGCAAUCGAUUCAUAAUGUGUCUUUGCAGGGAGAAGCAGCUAGCUAGCCUGUUGGGAUGGGCCAAGCCUUGAGGCGUGUCAGGGUUCUUUAUGCUGGUGCAGAAUAACUUGUAAACCAGCUCUGCUCAAGCCUUUCCCAGCUGACUGUGAGGUCAGGCUUUCCUCACAGCUGCCUCCAUUUGCCCAGUGAGUACCAGUCUAGUCCAAAGCAGAGGUGGUUCCCGACUCCACUGAGUUCAGGUAUUCCCAGCUCACCAGUGAGGCUCUUUACCACUCCGUCUUGUCCAGCAUAGGAGCUGUUCCCCACCUGUGCUGGUUGUGCACUAUCUCACUGAAGCACCAAGGCUCUGGUAACUCCCUGGAGUUCAACACCUGAAUAUUACAUGUGUUUUUGAAGUAAACUGGGUUGGCAUGAUGUCUUGGGAGCUGCUGUUACUUUAGGGGUAAGGAGGCAUGUGUCUUGGAACACGGGAAGCUGGGGAAGAGUGGGGAUCAGUACCUGCCAUCCGGCUCUUCACAGCUGGCCUCCAGUACGGUUCUGUGAAACACAGGGGCCUCAACAGCCUACCACAUCGUCUGCCUCUCUCCUCAAGUGCCCUGGGGGAAAGGAGGGUUUAUUCUGGAUGUUAAGGGCUCCAGCGUUCCUCACUGUCUCCCUUCGCUCCUCAGGAAACACUAGAUAACAGAGUGAAUGACAAGUUGUUAAUGGAAAUGGGAUUAGCUUUGCUCAGCACUUUAUGCUCCGAAUUCUGCUUGUAUCCCCCUAAGUUAUUUAUAAGGAAAGAUAACUAAUGGACUAGAUCAGGAUGAAUGCCUUUGGGAUUUGAUGGAAACAAUUCCAUAUCUGUGGUUAAUUACAAUAAUAAAACUUGAUGAAUUGCA